UUCAUAAUUUCCUGAGUCAUUGCUCCUCUGCUUCAAAUCUGAAACGAAAGAGCUCCUGAGCAUACACACCAUACGUUUUGCUUGCCAAUUAAAGCAUAUUUAACAAUGGAGGGUUCUGUAUCAAACGUGGAGGUCUGUAAUUUUGCUUACACGGGGCAGUUUGAGAAAUUAAAAGAGUGCAUUCUGUCAGAUAAAACGCUUGCCUGCAAAACCGACCAGGACUGUAGGACCGCCUUGCAUUGGGCUUGUUCUGCUGGCCAUACCAACAUUGUGGAGUUUCUGCUUGACCUGGGAGUCGAAGUGAAUCUGCCAGAUGAUGCUUUGUGGACCCCUCUUCACAUUGCAGCAUCUGCAGGCAGAGAGGAAAUAGUGAAAUCUCUGAUAUCCAAAGGAGCUCAGCUGAAUUCAGUUAAUCAAAAUGGAUGCACCCCUCUGCACUAUGCCGCCUCUAAAGACAGAUAUGAGAUUGCCCUGCUGUUGUUAGAAAACGGAGCAGACCCCAAUGUCUCAGACAAGUUGGAGUCUACUCCCCUUCACAGAGCGUCUGCUAAGGGCAACUACCGCCUCAUCCAGCUGCUUCUCAAACAGAGUGCCUCAACUAACAUCCAGGACUCACAGGGCAACACACCACUCCACCUGGCGUGUGAUGAGGAACGUGUAGAAGCAGCCAAGUUGCUGGUGGAACAUGGGGCCAGCAUCUACAUUGAGAACAAGGAGGAGAAGACCCCCCUUCAGAUAGCCAAGGGCAGUCUGGGCAACUUACUUCGUCGGAUUGUGGAGGGAUGAUGUGUUUACAGACCUACAGGUCACGUUCCAGUUUGAAUCCCCACCAUCGCCAUGUUACAUAGUGAGAAUUCUCAUUCCAGUUGAUCCUCCCUGAGUGGCCUGUUGUGACACAUUCAGAUGUGUUCCAGGUGGAAGAUGAGACCGUGCCAGGGAGAAAAGUUAGACUGUACAGCAUCCUGCUCCUCAGGUGGGGCAGUGAAACUGCUCAGACCUCGGAGGUCUGCUCAUAAACAUUCUUGCCUGCACAAAAUGCAGUUGAUCCAACACUGCAGCCUAUAUUUUAUAAAGUUUGAAUUGUUGCAGAAUUUACUGAAUAAAAAUGAUCUUUCAGCCCAUUAA